AUGGGCUUUACACGGAAACCAUUGACCAGCGCCUUUGCGCUCCUCACGAUCAUAGGCGUGGUUCUCUUUAUGACCAGCUCGUCUCCGGAGUCAUCUUUAGGAGCCGCAGUGCCCAUAAAUUUACAAAAAUAUGGACUCUCUCAGCCUAUUUUGGAAGACAAAUCUCCACAAAAAGUGGCCCAUUUCAACACCGCCCAAGAGUUGGAAGUCACAGAUACUAGUGACGUCAGCACAGGAGAAAAGGAGGGAGUUUCCAUGCAAGAAAGUGACGAAACCCCGGAAUUAACCGACACUCCAUUCAUGCCUAAAAUGGCAAAUGAAACCUUAAAAGCUCAGUUGGGAAACGCUGCUUGGAAACUCUUUCACACCAUUUUAGCGAGGUACCCCGAGAAGCCGUCUCUGAGAGAACAGGCUACUUUGGGUCAGUAUUUAUACUCUUUCUCCCAAGUAUAUCCAUGUGGAGAUUGUGCUCGUCACUUUCAGGAACUUUUAACCAAGUAUCCUCCCCAGGUGAAAAGCAGGAAAACAGCAGCACUUUGGGGAUGCCAUAUGCACAACAAAGUCAACGAAAGAUUGGGAAAAGAUGAGUAUGAUUGUACUACAAUUUUGACCGAUUAUGAUUGUGGAUGUGGAGGAGACGAGAAAGAACAAGACGAGACAUUGGGUGGAAGCAUGGACGAUCUUCGAAGCAUCAAGGUGGAUGAGGUUGGAGCAGAGAAAGAGUUGGGUUGA